GGUGUUAGAGAGAAAGAGAGAGAGAGGGGGGGUUUCAGAAACUUUGGCCGCCAUGGAAAAGCAACAACAACCAGUGGCAAUCGUCGUCGGAGCCGGCCCAUCUGGCCUUGCCACCGCCGCCUGCUUGAAACACCUCUCCAUCCCAUACAUAAUUCUAGAGAGAGAAGACUGUUUUGCUUCACUGUGGAAGAAAUACUCAUACGAUCGCCUCCAUCUUCACUUGGCAAAGCAAUUCUGUGAGCUACCCCACAUAUCAUUUCCCAGUACUUACCCAACAUAUGUACCAAAGAAAGAGUUCUUACACUACUUGGAUGAGUACGUUUCUCAUUUUCAGAUCAAUCCUUUGUACAAAAGAUCGGUUGAAUCAGCCAUUUACGAUGAAGGGUCAGAGAAAUGGGACGUUAAGGCAAUGAAUCUCAGUUCCGGUGAGAUAGAGGAAUAUUCCGGCAGGUUUCUGGUGGUGGCGACCGGAGAAACAGCGGACACAUUCAUACCGGACGUUGAAGGAUUGAACACUUUCACGGGGGAGGUCAUCCACUCGACUCGAUAUAAAAAUGGAGAGAAGUUUCGUGACAGAAACGUUUUGGUUGUUGGGUCUGGAAACUCUGGUAUGGAAAUUGCACUUGACGUAUCAAACUUUGGUGCCAAGACCUCCAUAGUUGUCCGAAGCCCGGUUCACGUAGCCUCGAGGGAAAUGAUACAUAUGGGGUUAUUUUUGCUUAAAUAUAUUCGACAUACCUUGGUUGACUCUUUGUUGGUGUUGCUUGGCAAGCUAAGUUAUGGGGACCUGACUAAGUAUGGGAUUGAAAGGCCCCAAGAGGGUCCCUUUUCAAUGAAAGUAAAGUAUGGCAAGUACGCAGUUAUUGACAGGGGGACCAUCAAAAAAAUCAAGUCUGGUGAGAUUCAGGUGUUGCCAGCAAUAUCAAGCAUAAAAAACAACGUUGUGGUUUUCGAGAACGGCAAAUCACAUCCAUUUGAUACCAUUGUCUUUGCCACCGGCUUCAAAAGAUCAACAAACAAGUGGCUCAAGGGAGACGAUUAUCUUCUGAACGAUGAUGGGAUUGCAAAGCCCAGUUUCCCAAACAACUGGAAAGGGAAGAAGGGAUUGUAUUGUGCUGGACUGGCAAGGAGAGGACUGUAUGGAGCUGCCUUGGACGCUCAAAACAUAGCUAAUGACAUCAAGAUGCAACUACUCAUGUGAUUUUCAACACAUAUGAAUGACCCUGUCAACUUGUAGAAUUGGACAAUGAUCUCAAAUUACAAUAAUGUUAUUUAGCCCAAAUUUACGAACCAAAUUCAUCAAUGUCAUUGGAUUGAAAAUAGAC